GACACGCCAAACGGUAUUGUAAGCAUCAUGUGUAGAAGGAAGAUAAACAAGAAGAGUUGACCAGACUGUGCUUGUUUUGUGCUUUUAAAAUGUCUUUCAAAAGAGAGGGAGACGACCAGAGUCAGUUGAAUAUACUGAAGAAACGACGUGUUGCUGAUCUGCUUGCUAAUUUCAUCCCAGAAGAUGAAGCUACCCUAAUGAAGAACGGAAGGUACACCUGUUUAGUAUGUUCUCAUCGUCCCAUCUUUGACACUGUAGACAUUCUGCAAGUGCAUCGGAAGGGGAAAAGACAUUUGGAAGGAAUGAAGUGGUUCUACAGAAAGAAAACAAAGCUGGAAAAAGAAAUCCAAAAGCACCAUCAUCAAAGCUAUGUGGCUAAAGAGGAAGGACAAGAGGAGGCUGCGGCCAGCUCAGCGCCUCUUCUGACUCAAACUAGAAAAAUUACCCACCAUGCACUACUGAAGACAACGCCAUACAGCAGCUGUCACAAAAGAAGCAGUGAAAGGGCGGAACAGGAAUCAAGGCCAGGUGUUUCUUCAGAUUGCCAAUCUAUGCAAAACGUCAGCAGGCAUGCAUCUCAAGAAAUGAGAGGUGGUAGCUCACAUAUUUCACCUUACAGAACACCAGACCGAAGUGUUGCAGAUUCUCAUGUGUCUGCACCCCAAGACCCCCGUCAUAGUGACAGAAGGAAAGAAGGGAAGAAAAGAGAGCAGAACGCUCCCUCAGACAGCGAACCAGUGACAGAAGAACGCCGCAAAGAGUUUGAACACUACCUCAAACUUAAAAGUGCUGGCUGGCUCCAGGACCGGAGUGGCAAGUGGAUUAAAGAUGAAAAUGUGGAGUUUGAUUCGGACGAAGAUGAGCCACCAAUUAUUUCCCAAACGUGACAGUUUUGCAUCUCUCUCUCUCUCUCUCUCUCUCUCUCUCAAUGUUUCUUAACACAACUGCUGGACAGUGCUGUAAUUUCCAGGGUGCCAUUUAAAAUAAACCUCUGGUGCAAAUUGAUUCCUUCCAUAGAAAUAAUCCAGUGUAGUUGUGGCAAUUUAGUCAAUCCUCCAUGUUACUCUUGUUCAGUGAGUGCUGGAAACUCCCAGACCUAAUGUUUUUGAAUAGUUUUGUACAAUAUAUUUUGACAACAUU